AGAGGCUCCUACGCCAGCCCCCCGCCCCGCUGGGGGGGAGAGGAAGGGAGAGAACGAGAUCAGAGGCUCCCCACCACGCCGCUGCCCUCCCACCCUUCAUAAAGCUUUGAUGAGACAUUCGAGCUGCUCGCCUCCUCCUGUGUUUCUGGAGCUGCAGGAGGCGGCUGCAGGGACUGGACGGCUGGGAGACGAUGUGACUCUCCGGAGGAGACCCCAGCAGGCUUUGUGUGGACGGCAAGUUCCACCAAGUGAAAAGAGUGAUGACCAUCCUUUUCCUUACUAUGGUUAUUUCAUACUUCAGUUGCAUGAAAGCUGCCCCAAUGAAAGAAGUGAGCAUCAGAGGACCAGGCAGCUUGGCUUAUCCCGGUCUCCGGACACAGGGAAAUCUGGAGAACCUCGGCGGGCCCAAUGACGCCUCCAGAGGAUUGACGUCCUUGGCGGACACAUUUGAACAUGUCAUAGAGGAGCUCCUGGAUGAGCAGCAGGUCAUCCAGCCCAGCAAGGAAAACAAGGAUGCUGACUUGUACUCAUCUCGGGUGAUGCUAAGCAGUCAAGUGCCUUUGGAGCCCCCACUGCUCUUUCUGCUUGAGGAGUAUAAAAACUACUUGGAUGCUGCAAACAUGUCCAUGAGGGUCCGGCGUCACUCCGACCCGGCUCGCCGCGGGGAGCUGAGUGUGUGUGACAGUACGAGCGAGUGGGUGACGGCGGCUGAGAAAAAAACUGCGGUGGACAUGUCAGGGGCAACCGUUACAGUCCUGGAAAAAGUCCCGGUACCCAAAGGCCAACUGAAGCAAUAUUUUUAUGAGACCAAAUGCAACUCCAAGGGUUAUACGAAAGAGGGCUGCCGGGGCAUAGACAAGAGGUACUGGAAUUCCCAGUGCCGAACUACCCAGUCUUAUGUGCGAGCUCUCACUAUGGAUAACAAGAAGAGAGUUGGAUGGCGGUUUAUAAGAAUAGACACUUCCUGUGUUUGUACACUGACCAUAAAAAGGGGAAGAUAGUGGAUUUGUGUUGUAUAGAUUAUAUUGAGACAAAAAUUUAUCUAUUUGUAUAUAUACAUAACAGGGUAAAUUAUUCAGUAAGAAAGAAAAAAAAUAAUUUUAUGGACUGCAUGUAUAAAUGAAGUUUAUACAGUACAGUGGUUCCACAAUCUAUUUAUUGAACAUAUCCAUGAGCUAAAGAGGAACAAGACAGAGAGAGAAAGAGAGAGAGAGAGAGAUAAAUUCAUUUGCGCACAACUUUGAGAAAAAAAAUGCAUUACAUUCCUCUAACAUUGUGGUUUGUUGCUGUUGCCAAGAAUUGAAAACUUUGAAAAAAAUUUAAAAAAAUAAAAUUGCAUGCUGCUUCAAUUGUGAAUUGAUGAUAAACUGUCCUUUCAAAAAAAGAAAAUGAACCAAAACAUUCCGUUUACAUUUUAGACAGUAAGUAUCUUGAUUCCUGUUAGUAUUAUAUCUGUUUACUGCUUUUAAAUUCUUCUGGUAGCGUUGGAAUUAAAACAAUGUCAAGGUGCUGUUGUCAUAGUUUUACUGUUGAUUUUUUUUUUAAUUCCCACAUGGUUUUAAAAGAGGAGAUUACUCCCUGUCAUCACCGUAUAUGUUCUGGAUAAAACAAAUUUGGGGUUUUUUUGUAUGUUGUGAAGGUGUUUGCAAUAUCAAAUCAGACUACUGAAAAAAAUAAUAAAAAAAGGCAACUGAAAAAGACAAUGUUGAUGUUCCUCCCAGUGCUCUUUUCUAGUCUACAGGCAGCACUUUUAUGUUUGUCUAGGUGUGGUUUCUAUUCUAUGAUUGUUCUUUAAAGACCUGCCUUUUGCUUAUUUUGUAUUUUGGUUGUUCUGGGGUGUCCCCCCCCCCCAACACCUUUCCUCUCUUAGGAAGAAAACAAAUUGCAUUCUCUUUCAAAUAUAUUCCCCCCACUUUCCUUGGGUGUUGAGAACAAAGGUGAUUGCCCCAACCUAGGAAGGGAGAUUUGCAUACACAGCUGGCGUGGAUUCCUCAGGAUCCUUCGCAAGGCUGCACUGAGCUUGGUGAGGAUGGAGAAUCUCAUCACCAUCCUCUCGUUGUAUGAGCAGAGUCUGUUCAGGGAGAAGUAGUAUUUGUGCCUGGAUUAAGUAUCCCGUUGAAGUACAGUUGCCAAAUCUUGGCAAGAAAAAAAGGGGAAAGAAUCACAUGAAUAUCAGAUGGUACUUUAGCAAAUAUAUUUGGAAUGCCACAAUGCUGUAACUUAUGGAUCCAGACGGUCUACAGUUGUGUUGGCAACGGAAGGAGUAGCAAUCGCUACUGAAAAGAACUGCACAGAGAGACAGUGAAGCAGUAAAGGCUUCCCUGUGCGAGUAAAUAUAUGCAGGGCAGCCAGAUGCUCUUAUUGUAAAAAGGAAUGUCUAGUAUGCCCCGGUUCUCAAAUACCUGCCACUUUUUCUACUUGAGAUAAUAUGACAGAAUCCAGGCCUGAAGGAGUGGCUCUGGAAUCAGGUAGGCAGAGCCUUCUACCUCAAAACCCAACUACCUGUUUCGUCUAAAUAUGUCUGCAACGGUCUAUGGCUUUUUGAGAGGUAGCACACAAUAGCCUUAUCUUCUACAGGCAAGAGAAUCCUGUAGAACCAUAGCUCUUGGUUUAAAAGGAAAUCCUAGGAUGCAAUCCUAGCAUCAGUUGCAUGCACUUUAAUUAAAGGUAACUCCAGGGGUACUCUUAAGUAAGUAACUGAGCACAGGACUGAUGCCUCUGGCCUUGGAUAAUUAUCAGCAAACCCAGCACAACCUGCAACACAAAUAGACAAUGACCACAUUAGAAAUGCCACAGCAAGUGCGUGAACUCUCACUAAAUAUAUUCGGUUUUUGUUUUGGCAUGCAUCAUAUAACCCACACGUUGCAAUGCAGACAGUGUCAUUUAUCAAGGGAUAGUUGCAUGUAUAUUUCAUAGCGAUGAUGCCUACUUCCCUGGGUGGGGUCCGACGUUUUGCUAAACGGAGGUCUUUGCUUUGAUGUGGGCCUAGUUUUUCAAAAGUGUUAGAUAAGGUCAAUCUGUUUCUGGACUGAACCAUUUCAAACUGAAAAUGAAAUACCCCCCCCUCGUGUCAGGGAGAAGGCUAAGCUACAGCCCUUCUCCUUUGACAUCUAGUUUUCUAUGUGAAGAGGGAAAGGGGGCAUUCAAUUAUAUGAAUCUCCACCUGCAGUCUAAAGUAGUACAGUCCAGACACUGGUUUACUAUUUCAUGUGCUAUUUGUUUGAACUAGGCUAUAAAUAAAAACCCAACCUUUCUUGGGUGACAUUUCAACUAGCAAAAUCAGACCUUAAGGUAAUGUGUCUUAAAACACCACAAUCCAGAAAUAAGCUCAUUUCAGAUGCUGGGAUUAUUCGUUUAGCAGUGGAAAUCAGUCCCUCAUUGUCAUUAAUAGCCAGUUAUCAGAAGUAAAAAUUGGAUGCAAACAAACUUAGCAUAUUUAUUUAUUUUAUUUAUAGAAAAUAUAAAAGCUUUUCACCAACUUCUAAUAUGGGAAGAAGGAGGUUGGUUCUGGGUUAUUACAAAUCUCUUCACUCUCCUUGGACAUGUGUUCACUGUUGAAAAACAAAACACUAACCCAGUUGAUUAACGACAGUAUGCAGGUAGAUGCCUUGCCAUUAAUCAACUCUUGACUGCCCAAGGUUGGGCAAAUAAAUGGUUGUUAUCUUAAAGGAAAGCAGAUGCUGUCAUUGUCCAUUUUUAAUAGGCAAUCCAACUGAGGCUAAAUCAGCCUUUCGGCCCAAUGGCAAUCCCUUUAUUUAGCUUUAACCUGCAUCUCAGGCUAUCUUCACCACAAAAUCCUAGUAGACAUUUAAAAUAAGACAUAUAACUUAAAGGCAGGGAAAAUAUCUGGGUUACAUUAAUCCAUGCAUUUGGAAUGGAAAGUCUUUGUAAGAUUGUGUUAUAAGCAAGUAGCUGCUUUUGUUCACACUUUUGAAAGUGGCAAUGGAGGGGAAUCAUUGUCAUCCCUCGGUGAUGUUUUCUUAUGUGAUGAGAAAAUAUCACAAUCCUGAUUUCCUUCAAAUCCAUUAGGCUAGUUUCCUGCUUUAUGGCUGUUCCUAACUUUAUGUAGCGAAACAGUGUGCAGAAUUGUUCUCAAACCAUUUCCGCUGAUAUAAAUGGAUUCGCUUCCAGCCCUACUGUGUAUAUAACUAGGUCAACAUCCUCACUCAGUCCUAACUAAAGCCUGUCACCUAAAUUCCCACUAAAAAUUGCAGUGGGUCAUUAUUUAGAGUCAUGCGGUUCACAGUCUAAACAAAGGGGAAAUCUGAAAGUAAGGUAACUAUUGCAUAUCAAAUAUACUAUACUAAUUUAGCCUAUAUAAAAGAUUCUUGGAAUAGGUGUGAUCUUAUAUCAGGAUGCAUAAUAUUGGUCUUUGGCUAUUUUUUGACUCACAAGGAAAGAAAAUGAUUUUUGCUGUAAUAUAAUCCACCAGCAGAACAGAACAUAGAAAUGUUUUUGUACAUAUCCAGAGUGAAUCAGCUUUAGAAUAACUUUAUCCCUGUUGGGCAUCAUAUAUCAUAGGAUUAAAAAUUAAAUAAAAUCAGAUUUAGCUAGUCCUAUUACUAAUAAAUUGGAGAAUUCUAUUCCGUUAGUGGACAAUGACUGAUGCAAACCCAAAAUAUUUCAGCCUUCACACAGGACAAUUUAAGGCUCACCGUCUCUAACCACUAUAGCAGAUCUAGUCAAUUCCAUGGGCUUACUGUGGAAUCGCAAGUUUGAGUAUCACAGACUGAAAGCUACAUAUGAGAAUGUAAUUCGUAUAUCUAGGAAUACUAAAUUUUUAUUAACAGUUGUACACUGUAAACACACAAACAAUUACAAAUCAUUAUUUGGGUGCAGAAUCUGCUAUGCAACAAAUCAAUAUAUUCCUAGCUUUUGUAAACUGAAACAAGCACUAUUUUUAACACCCAUUCUAUGCCAGACCUACUACUACAAAAUAAAUCACAGGCUUGGCAGUUUUAGUUGAACUGAGGUUUGAAAAAUGUCACUCAAUUGAUUUUUAUUUUAUUUUUUGCUGUGAUCUGUUUGUGGCAAAAGUAUUUCAUGCAUGUCUUUGGCCCUAUUGUUUUGUUCAAAAAAAAAAAAACCUCUUGCAAAUGUAAGUUAAUGUCUGUGGCCUUGUUUUCUCUUAUUCACCAUGUGUAACAAAUAUUUAUUGUAUAUUUAUAUAAUUUUAUGGGAUUUUUGGAAAAAAAUGAAUCUGGCAUUAAAUCUUACAAGCAUCUGCGUCACAUUGUAAAUAAAAUUAAGCUAUAUUUAAGUGUACUGAUUAACAUAUAAUAUAUGUUUAAAUAUAGAUUUUUAUGUUUUUUAAAUAUAUUUUCAAUAUAUAUAUAUAUAUACAGUAUAUAUA